AUGACCGAACGGCGUCCUAUCGAGUGCGUGUGCGUGUAUUGUGGAUCGUCGGUGGGUUCGAACUCGUCGUAUUCGGUCGCUGCGCGGCUUUUAGGAGGGGAGCUAGUCAAGAGGGGCAUCUCCCUCGUGUAUGGCGGAGGUUCUGUCGGUCUCAUGGGUAGUCUCGCAGAAGCUGUUAAUUCUGAUGGAGGCUCGGUGCUAGGGAUAAUUCCUUAUUCACUCGAACCAGAAGAAAUAAGCGGUAAGACCCCAGGUCAAGUUGUGGUGACAUCAGGCAUGCACGAACGAAAAACACAAAUGGCUGCGCGAGCUGACGCAUUCAUCGCUCUCCCUGGUGGCCUAGGCACUCUCGAGGAAUUAUUCGAAAUAGCAACCUGGCGUCAGUUAGGACAUCAUGAAAAACCGAUUGGAAUACUCAAUGUGAACGGUUUCUUCAAUCCACUCUUGAAGUUCUUGGACAACACUGUGGCUGAGGGUUUUGUCUCAGCAAAAACCAGGGCAAACUUCAUCGUUGAUGAUGACGCUUCAGAGUUGAUCGAGAAGCUUUGUGUUGCUUAUUUAAACAUGCAACCGAAUGAACUUUAA